GGGACAGGACCCUCAUGCUGCCCGGGCAGACUGCCUGAGCCGGCGGAUGGGCAGGCACGGAUGUUAGCACUGUGGUCGAGUGGAACUGCCGUCUAAUGAUCUAAAUCAGGAGACUGCAAGGGGUGGGGAAACGAAAACACACGCGUAGGGAAACUUUCAUUUUGAUGGGGGACUGGUGAUCAAGUGGUUGCUGAGUUUGCAGGAUCUCCAUUGACAACGGCAUCUACAGGAGGCGGGGACUGGCGCAGCAACUUGUGGCUGAAAGAACCCAGAACUAACUAACUAAUUCAGUAAUUUGUUAAAUAGACAACCAAUUCACUAACGUGAUAAUUUAUGCACUAACCACGCUUGCUGUCAGCCUCGAUUAAAGUGACAGUAUUAUUUAAGGUGAUGGAUAAAGAUUCCUUCAAUCUUCUGAUGGUCAAUCUUCUGGUAGAAGACACUAGUUUGGACAGUAACCAAGUUGUACAGAAUUGUGUGGUUAUAUUUUCGAAGAGCUACUGUCCUUAUUGUAUGAAGGCAAAGAGCAUCUUUGAAGAAAUAGGAGCUAAUUUCAAGGCAAUUGAACUGGAUCAUCGCAAGGAUGGUGACCACAUUCAAAAUAUUCUUGAGGAAUUGACUGGUGUCAGGACAGUGCCAAGAGUAUUUGUGAAUGGAAAGUGCAUUGGUGGUGCUACAGACACACACAAGCUCCAUUCAAAUGGUAAACUACUGCCUUUAGUGUUACGGUGUUCUCCACCUUGCAAAUGGGAUGACAGUUUUUGUCUUAAUCGUUCACAUUAAUAUUGAAUUCCUGCAUUUUUCAAACUGCUUGUUACUUCUGAAAUAAAACAUGAAGUUGCAA